AUGAUCGCCAUCGGCAUCCAACGCCCUGGCGAUGGUCAAGUCGAUACCACCGUGAAAACGAACCUAUAUGAGGGCUUCCUCGCCGUGACGAACAUUGUUUUUGCUUAUGCCGGCCAUGUGGCAUUCUUCGGCUUCAUUUCUGAGAUGAAGACCCCCACGGACUACCCGAAGACGCUGUAUAUGCUCCAAAUCACCGACACAAGCAUGUACGUCGUCACCGCUGUGGUAAUCUAUUAUUACGGCGGAAAGGACGUCAAAUCGCCGGCUCUGGGAUCGACGAGCCCUUUAAUCGCGAAGAUUGCCUAUGGCAUUGCCAUUCCGACCAUCGUGAUCGCAGGUGUGAUCAACGGACACGUCGCGUGCAAGUACAUCUACGUACGCCUCUUCCGCGGAACAGAUCGCAUGCAUAAACGCAACUUCCUCUCCCUAGGGACAUGGGUACUGAUCGGGCUGGUGCUUUGGACGGUGGCAUGGAUCAUCGCCGAGGCGAUUCCCGUGUUCAAUAACCUCCUGAGUUUGAUUACGGCUCUCUUCGCAAGUUGGUUCACAUACGGAAUGAGCGGCAUCUUCUGGUUAUUCAUGAACUGGGGACGAUACACUUCAUCGAAGCGGAAGAUCUUCCUGACUAUUAUCAAUGCUAUUGUCGUCGGAAUUGGGGGUUGUUUGUGUGGAUUGGGCUUAUAUGUCUCGGGCAAGGCUCUCCAUGAUAACCCUAGCAGUGCAAGUUUUUCGUGUGCCAACAACGCAUGA